AACGUUAAUCUAAGUUUAAACUCGGUUCAUCCUAUCUCGAAACUGCAUGAAAAAAAUUAAACUGAGUUUGAACCGCGUCGUCGGAGAAAACGGCCAUCACACACGCUUAACUUUUUAAAUUUUAAUCUCAUUCAUCUCAUUCUUAUCUAUAAAAGUAUUUUAUAAGAUCAUCUCAAAUCUCAAGGAAUGUGCGGUCUUUAUUUUGAUAUAUAUCGUGAUAUCGUAUUUUUAUCCUGCCCUGCAUUUGCACCGGUUCAAAAAUAGAAAAUGAUUGAAUUAGUGUUCCAAAUACAAGUUGACAGUGCAAAAUUUAAGUAAUAAAGAAAAGAACUCGGCAAUCAACUUUGAAAGAAUAUCCUCAAGUGCCCGAUUAUAUCGAACAGAAUAGUUAAUCUAACGAUAUAGUGAAAUUCACAAUAUAUAACCAUGUGUACGACGUAACCUCAAAAACAAGGUUUUUGAGUGAUCAAUUGAGAAUCGGCGAAAUGUAUAUUCCAAAAUGUUCGAACCAUUAUUCGUAACGUUAAGGAAAGUUCAGCUCUCGUUAAUAAAUUGUAAGAAAAAAUAUUGCAACUAUAAACGAGUCUUGACUUAUGAAAACUCUGUCAGAUUCCACAAGUAUCAGAAAUUAUUGGGAAGCAAUCUUCAAAUCAAGUUAAUCGAUGCCACUAGAAUAUUGCUCAAACAACCUCAAGUUUUUAAUUUAUCUGAAGAAUAUCUUAUUGGGCAGUGUCAAUGGUGUUCCAAAUUGAAUAUCGAUGUCAGUACGCUGCACAAGGAUCCUCACAUACUCUUCCUACCUCGAAAAACUCUGGAAAACCAAGUCAUGUUGUUGCAAGAUUUGGGAGUUUCAAGAGAUCAACCAAUAAUAAUGCCACGUUUUCAACCUCUCAUGGAACUGAGGAUGCAAGUAUUCAAAGGCUUUAUGAAAAUACCGACAGACUACAUUGUAGCAAACAACUUGUUGAGUCUCACAAAAAAACCACCAAAGAAUGUGCAGCCUUUACAAAUUCCAAGCGAAGACUUGUCAGUGGCCAAUUAUUACAAUCAUUAUUUGCAGUGGUAUAUACAGUGGAAAUUAAAUGUACCUAAAAAUAAUGAAAAUGAGACGAAGAGAAUUGUAGAUUUAUUGAAAAAUACGAGUUUGUCAAUAAUGGAACAGUUGUUUGAUAUUUAUCAUGAUGAGAUUGGAUUGACAAUUCAAGAGAUCAAAGAACAUCAGUGUAUGGUAAAUAGUUCGCCGAGCAACUUACGUCUCAUCAUCGAUGAAGCUGAGAUCUUUAAUGGCCAAAUUAUGAAAAAGCUUAUUAAACAGUCGCCAAAGUUGUGCAAAAUGGAGUACGAGAAUGUGGUUAAAGUGGUGAAACUUCUCGAGAGGCAUGACUACGCAGAGAUAGCGAUACAACGUUAUCCAGAAAUAUUGUUGAUCGGAGCUUCCGAGUUGGCAUUUAAAUUUCAAGAAUUCGACAAUGCACCAGAGCUUCGAGUGUUAAAAAAUAAUAUUUUAUCAAUGGGUUUGGUUCUCCAUCAAUACAACCAGUGUCAAUUGCGAUUGAGCUAUCUCCGUUACAUGAAUAUUAAGUAUGCCUCGGUGCGAGUUCUGUCUUCGUCUAAUAAUUCAUUUGAAUCGUUCCUUUCAACUGGUGUGGAUAACACAAGGGCUAGGGAAAUUUGCCGAUCCUUCAGGAAAGUUUUCAAUAUGUCGUUUCGAGAAUUUAUGACGAACCUGCGGAAACAUCCAUAUUGGAAUCGGAUCGAUCUUGUUUCCAUGCAUGAAGCUACCAAUUUCUUGUUGAAGAAAAAAUAUACCACUGAGGAAAUAUUUGAUAAUUUACCAAUCAUCCUCUAUCCAAGGGAGAAGAUUGCGGUGACAUUGAAGAGUAUGAGGAACAUCAUUUACAGAAGGAAAUCAAAAGAUGGUGUAACCCGCAGAGAAUAUAUGACGAAAAAACAGAUAUUGGCUUUAUGUUUGUAUAGAAUGGAGUUGGAGUUUCAUUUCAGUGGUGAUGGUGUAUGGCGAGAGGAAAAUUUAAUUCCAAAACGAACAAAACCUCUCGCUCAAACGACUGAAACCUCCGAAUGUGAAUUGUCAGAUUGCUCAGAUAUGGAAAAUGACGAAAGUGAGGAAGCCGAUCAAGUUGUAUAACACCAUUUUAGUACUCGAUUUUUUAAGUGAAUGUAAAUAAUGUGAAAAUGCCAUUUAUACAAUAGUUCUUGAACCGAGUUCUCCAUCUCAAGUUUUAUUUGAAAAUCAUUAAACGUUAACAUCCAAUACAUGUAUGAAAAAAAAUCCGAUAAAAGACAGCAAGUUUAUUUUUC